AUGGUUUCCAACAUCUUGCCCAUCCUGUCUCUUGCCACCGCGGUCUGGGCUCAUCCGCAGCGACACCAACGUUUCCACUAUGGCACCGGCACCGGCAGAGGCUCAGGCAUUGCCUUACCCACCGGAGGCACGUUCCCCCUCAACGGCACUGCUCUCAACGGUACGGACUUUGGAGGUUCUGCCAACGUGACUACUACUGCAACAGCCACUGCUGUCAUGACCGUCACCGUCAGCGCCAUCCCUCUCGACUCCGUCUCAAGCGUCGCUGUUGCUAAUGCUGCAGUUGCAUCCAGCAGCUCGUGCUGCAGCAGCCUGACCUCGACCAUCACAGCUACGUCGGUCCAGUACUUCACAUACACGGCAGAGGCUAGCGUCGCCGAGAGCGCCGCUGCCGUUGCUUCAUCAAGCGUUGCUGCAGCAUCUUCCUCAACGCCGUCUGACAGUGGGCUGGAAGACCUGGCCGGAUCAACCUCGAUCAGCCUGCUCGCCAGCACACCAACAGCCGGAGCCUUCUUUGGAAGGCCUUCAUACGCAGCUGACUCGUCCGUGCAGUCUGUCGUUCCCACCACCUUUGCAACCGUGGCCGGCUCAGCCUCUGUGCCCAGCGUUGUCGCCUCCUCUGCUGCCUCGAGCGUGGCAGCCAGUGUUUCCGCCUCUGUCCCGUCCUCCAGUGCCAGCUCGACCCCCAGCACGGGUACUUCGAGCGGCAGCAAGAAGGGCCUGUCCUACAACGACGCCUCCUUGACCUCGGCCUUCGCAGGCACGGGAAUCAGCUGGGCCUACAACUGGGGUGCUUCACCGGACGGCAGCAUCCUCGCCGGCGCCGAGUACGUGCCACUGCUGUGGGGAGAGAGCUCCAUCUCGUCAUGGUCGAGUGCAGUGCAGUCCGCCAUUUCAAGCGGCUCUAAACACGUGCUGUCGUUCAACGAACCCGACUUGAGCAGUCAAUCGAACAUGGACCCUGCGACCGCCGCCAAACUGCACAUUGCCAACGUUGCCCCUUUGUCCGGCCAAGUCUCUAUCGGCUCUCCCGCCAUCACCAACGGUGCGGGAUCCAACCCGGCCAUGGGCACAACGUGGCUGCAACAGUUUUUCGACGCCUGUGAAGGACAGUGCAACAUUGACUUCGUUGCGUUUCAUUGGUACGCCGAGGCGAGCAACGUCGACUACUUCAAGUCUCACGUCCAGGAUGUCAUCGACACCGCGGCCAAGAACGGUGUGAGCAAGGUCUGGCUGACCGAGUUCGGCGCCACCGGCUCCGACAGCGACGUGGCUUCGUUCUUGAGCCAGGUCGUUCCAUGGCUGGAUUCCCAGGCCGCCGUGGAGCGCUAUGCCUACUUCAUGUGCAGCGAUGGCAUUUUGGUCAAUGGAAACUCCGUCUCCAGCCCCGUCGGCCAGGCCUACGUAUCAUAA